AUGUUUCCAGCUGACCAUAUUGACUUAACUAUUGAUAUAAUUUAUAAACACGUACUUCAAGAUUUAACAUCAGAUAAAAAGAUAAAAAAGGUUUCACAGGAGCUUAUGAAUUUGGAAGGCAAUGAAAAGAAGGUAUUGUAUGUGUAUGAUAUCUUAAAAGGAUAUGAUCUCAUACCACUUAUUUUAAAGGAAGACAAGUGUUCACGAAAGUCUGACCACUACCGUAACCUUGGCAACGCUUUAUAUAAACGGAAACAUUUGUCCAUGGCCUGGCAACAUUAUAAUUUGGCUUUGAUGUAUGCUCCCUUGCCUAUUUUUCCAUCUUACUGUUUUGUCUUAGCCAUUGCUAAUAGAUCUGCAAUAUUAGCAGCUUGGAAUAAAUAUGAAGAAUGCAUUAAAGAUAUUGAAACUGUGUUUCAAUAUGAUUAUCCAGAUACCAUAAGGGAUAAAUUACUAAAGCGGAAAAAGAUAUGUGAGGAUGCUUUAAAAGAGAAACCUAAAUCUAACAAUGAUGAUAAGGAUUACCUUGGCAAUGACAUAUUUAGUUUCAAGGUGCCCAAACAUGAAAAGUAUAUUGAUGCAAGCUCUAAACUUGCAGUCAAAUAUACACCUGAAUUGGGAAGACAUGUAAUUGCCAAUGAGGAUAUUGAAGUUGGUGAAGUACUAGUUCAAGAAGAUCCAUUUGUCCAAGUGCUAUUGAAGUCACAGUAUAGUAUCUCAUGUGCUCAUUGUUUUUCAAGGAAAUAUAAUUUAAAACCCUGCCCUUAUUGUGUACUCGUUUUGUACUGUACUGAGGAUUGUAGCGCCAACGCCUGGGAGCAAUAUCAUAAAUAUGAAUGUCCUGUAGGAGCAUAUUUAUACAAAGCAAAUUUCACUAAAUUGGAACUGCUUGCUCUGCGAACCACAAUACUAGCUAAGACAGGUCAUGCGAGUAAUAGUGCUUUGUUUAAGACUCUCUCUGAUGCAGACUCAUGCGACAAUAAGGAAGAUGUAGGAUGCAAGAAAGUGGAUGGCAAGAUGAUUUAUUCUUCAAAGUAUUACUCUUCUAUACAUACUUUAGCCACAAAUGUCUCUAAACGGGAUAUCUCAGAUAUUUUCCAAAAAUGUGUCAGUGCUGCUGUUCUCGUGCAUAUCUUGGCUGUGACCAAUUUUAUCAAGACAGAGAAUGAUGAAGAACGUAAACAACUGAAAUCUUUCAUUGCUGAUAAUGUGCUUCGUCAUCUUAUGACUGCACCCACCAACAUGCAUGGCAUAUCUACUAAUGUAGAGAUUGAUAAUGGAAAUGUUGAAGAAGAGUAUAGUAUUGCAAGUGGAGCCUAUGCAUUUUUAAGUUUGAUUAAUCAUUCAUGUGCACCGAAUGUGGUACGGUACACUAAAUUGGGCACCUCACGCACUACUUUGUUUGCUAUUAGACCAAUCAAGAAAGGAUCACAACUGUUUGACAAUUAUGGGUGCUUCGAGCUGGUCCGUGAUGAAGAGCAGUUGAACUCCAAAGUUAUUCUGGAAUUGGAACCAAGUGAAGAAAUCGGCCUGCAAAUGAUGCAUGCAACAGAAUACGAUGAUGUGGAGCCAAAAGCUCACCAUGCACUUACUGACAGGCAGACUCGGCAUGCUAUUUUACUUUCUCAAUACAAAUUCACUUGCAAAUGCGAAGCUUGCGUGUAUGACUGGCCGAACUACCUUGACUUGCCACAUGCAAAAAACCUACCUAAAGAAGUGGUACAGAUGAUAAACAAGCAUUUGAGCGAUGAGGUGAUUACAUUUCUCCAGAAAGCUGAUAAGGAAUGCGCUGUGAAGGAGUUCCAGCCCUUGUGUAAGUUGGCUACAGCUUUAGAACCUUAUGUUCCUUGCAAAGAGGCGGCUAAUGUUCAGGAGAUGAUGAAGCAAUGUCUUCAGAUACUUGCAGGCGUUCUCCCUGUUGAAUUCACAAAGUCCAUUGACUUUCAUAUUCCUCCAGCUGUGUUACCUAAACACAGUACUAAAUUCUUUUCUGGAGAAGGAGCCCGUGAUCUUGCAGCUUAA